GGAAAUAGAUCUAGGUUAGUUGAACAAGCUGACCAAGUAGUCUACUGUGACUGUCAGUGUCUACUAUCUAGACUAGUCCUAAAACUGUCAAUAUUGUGAUGAUGCAACGUUUUGAUUCAUAGCCGAGGAAGCCACUUUAAGCAACUGUGGGAGGAGGUGAUACAGAAAUUUAAAAUUUGAUACAUUCUGAUGAGCAUCUGAAGAAAAUGUCAUCAGGAAACAGUUUCCAUGCAGUCAAAACUGAAGAGGAGCUCAGUUUAUAUAUACCUCAGGAAGGUUUGGUACAGUUAAGAAACCCUCACAUCAACGGCAUGGAUGAAGAUGUUUUGUAUCAUAUAGCACUAAGUAACAAGAGCAACAAUCUGACAGAAAUGUUUCAAGAUGUUAAAUUUGUUUGUUUUGGAGGAUCUCCAACAAGGAUGCACAAGUUUGCUGAAUAUUUAGUCGAGGAGUUACAAAUUAAGAUCCCAGCAGGACUUAAAGUGACCAAUAUAGCCCAUGGCUCAGAUAGAUAUGUGUUGUAUAAAGUUGGGCCUGUCAUUUCAGUUAGUCAUGGGAUGGGUAUUCCAUCUCUGUCCAUCAUUUUUCAUGAAAUUCUGAAGUUGAUUCACCAUGCAGGCUGCUCUGAUGUCAUUUUCUUUCGCAUUGGGACUAGUGGUGGACUAGGACUGGAGCCAGGAAGUGUAGUCAUCACGGAAGAAUCUGUGGAUGGACUCUUGAGACCUUAUAUGGAGUUGUCAACUUUGGGGAUGAUACUUCAGCACCCAUCUAAACUAGACCAAGAUGUAGCCAGGGAUUUAGUCUCUUUGGCUAAUUCAGAGGAAGAUGGCUAUGUCACUAUCAUUGGGAAAACAAUGUGCACAUUAGACUUUUAUGAAGGACAGGCUCGACUAGAUGGAGCAUUUUGUGAUUAUAAUGAAGCUGAUAAAAUGGCUUAUCUGAGCCGGGUUCACAAAAGAGGCAUACGUAACAUAGAAAUGGAGUCCCUUUGUUUUGCUGCAUAUUGUUAUAGGGCAGGAAUAAGAGGUGCUGUAGUAUGUGUGACACUGCUGGAUCGGCUUAAGGGAGACCAGAUUACCACACCACAUGAUAUUAUGGAGGAAUGGCAAUCUAGGCCACAGAAGCUAGUUGCUGCUUAUAUCAAACGUAAACUCAACAUUUAGUAGACAAAGUUGAUGACUUCAUACUGUUUUUUUUAUUUUCUAUGCACAUAUUAAAAUUAUUGUUUGUUUUUUGCACUGUGUAGUGAUAAAAAUACAGAAUAUUUUUUGUAAGAUACUUUAAUGUUAUAUUUAUAUAACAAUAAAUAUAAUUAUAUUUAAUUUACAGGGUUGAAGCAUUAUAUUUACAGUAUGCUUAAGGAAGUUCUGAACAUAAUAUUACACAUUUUUCAGGUCUUUUGAUGAAAUAUUUUAUGCAUGCAUUUACUUGUAUUUAAAUCAAGUCUUGUAAAGUAACAUUUAUUUCUCCAUGGCAUUACUUUACAUUGACAUUAAGUAAAAUUUUUUUUUUACAAAAUGAGUCAUUUACCUUUGUUUGUAGUAUUUUCUAAUAUUACUGGUGAACUUUAGUUUAGAACCCAUUACAAAUAGCUUGUUUUGAAAGCUGUGUGCAUUAUAGUCACACAUAAAAGUAUAACAAAGUUGCUAUAGAGUUUUUACAGCCUAAAUAUCAGUUUCUUAUGAUUGUCCUAAUCUUUUGUUAUAUCAUAUUUCCUUUUAAAACCUAAAAAGACCCUAAGUAUGUAUAGUUCACCUGUAAAGAUUAGAGGGUGAUGUGGCCAACACAAUGACAUACUAGCUUUACUUUUCCCAAAUAAGGUCAGGGACUUAUGCUAGGGUCUUAACCUUUAAUGUUAGAAGUGCAUUUAUAAUUUAUAUAAUGUUUGAGUCACGUAACAAAUGUUUCACUUAAUAACUUAUAGUACUUAUAGUAGAUCCUUUUUGCAAAGAAUAUCUAGACUUAGUUGUUUUCUACACAGCAACACAUAGUGUGUCCAAGUUUCUUUGGUUCAUUUCUUUUGCAAUCUAUAAAUAUGUCAAAUGUACUUUUUAAAUUCUCAUUUGAAAGAUGCCAAAAAUAUUUUCCUAUCAUAUCAUUAAUGUGAAUCAGGCAGUUCUCCAUAGAGAUUUUCUUUGAGAGGGUAUAAUGUGGCCUAGGUUUGAGCCUCUUGGUGCAAUGUGUGGUUUAGAAGGAGAUUCAAAUUAAAUGACUGUUUCACCCAUAUUUCUGUAUUCUGUUCAAAGGUUGAAAAUCAUUAAUUUAUAUGUUCAGAAAGAUUGAAAAUAGAGGACAUAUACCUGUCAUAAAUUUCAUUUUUAGAAUAACGUAUGCAAUAAAUGUUUUGAAAUAUUUAGACCAAAUUUUUUUUUAAUGGAAACUAUAGUUUUUUUGUUUUUUUUUAUAUUCUAGAUCUAUAUACUUUGUGUAUAGUUGAAAUUACCUAAAGUCUUAUGUUUCAAUUGUGUAAUUCUUUAUUCUUUUUUUUCCCAAAUGCAUCUUUAUUUGAAAUUAUGUUUUUUUCUGUUUUCCCCCCUAAAAAAUAUUUGAACUAAUGAACCACAAUCUCUUAACAUACAAAUACCUAAGCCUUUUUUUUUUAAAUACAUUUUCCUUCUUUGAAUUUGUUUUUCAAGUUUCUUGUUGGUGCCACAGUUUAUUUUGUUUUGGUUAUUUAUUUAUAUUAUGUUGAAUUGUAACUUUUAUUUGUGAAUAAUGUAUUUCUCUUGUGUAAGUAGUGUUUAAAAUCAAAUUUAAAGUCUUAAAACAAACUCUGGUCACGUGUCCAUCAUUACUAGAAUUGAUAUUUUUAAUCAUUCAAAAGAAAUUACUAGAGAUUAAUAGACUAGAGAAAGAACAUGCACAUUUAAUUCUCAGUCAUGCUUAUACUGUACCAGACAUUAUUCUAUAACUAUAUUUUUCAAUGUCCUACACUAAAUGACAUCAUCAAGUUCCCAAGUCCAAAUUCUUUCAAGAGAAAAAACAAAUCUCUUACAAAUAAAGUGAAAAUUACAUUGCUGCUGGAUGUUGAAAAAAAAAUACAACCAAAAAGCAAAAAAGAAAAGCUGCUGCCCAAUGUAGCUGCAAAGAGAUAUGGUAGGGUGAACACUUAGUAAAAAAAAAAGAUAGUCAAACAUUAAAUAUGAAGUACUCUCAUGUUUGAGGACCACUAACAACUUAAAUACCAAUAACUUUUGUAAAAUAUUCUUUUUUUUUUUCAGAUACUUUUUGAAGUGUAAUUCUCAGAUAAUGCAGUCCCUUAAGCACUGAGAUUAUCAAUUUUUUAUUUUUUUUUAAAUGAAUUUGAAUUUCAUUGAUUAAAAAUUCUGUGUGUGUGAAUAUUCUAUCUAAACCUAGAUGUUAAAUUAAUUUGUAAAUAUUAAAGUUCUAUGUAAAUGAGCAAAAUUUGUAUCAUUCAGCUGUAUCCUUUUUCUGUUUUUUAAUAGUGGGUGUUGGGGGGGUCUGUGAGUUGGCAUAAAAUUUGAAGAAUUACUUUACUAUUAGUAGUUGAAUGUUGACACAGAGGUAUAGCAUUACAAUACAGGGCUGGCUUUAGGCAUAGGCAAUUUAGGCAGCCGCCUAGGGCCUCCAAUUGAUGUGGUCUCGCACUGGACUUAAUGGACUCAAAAAAUGUUUUUUAGAGAAGAACUAACAACCCAGUGUUAUUGUUGGAGUACACUAGGUUUUAAAUAAAUUGUGCCAUUUUAUUCUUUCACUGUUUAUUUCAUAUUUUUGUAUCUCAUUUGGGGCCACCAGAUUCAAUUCACUUAGGGCUUCCAAUUAUCUAAGGCUGGCCCUGAUACAUAGAUUAGACAAAAGCUGAAAUCUAGCACUGCUUAAAAUAAUUAAUACAUUUUUUUAUUCCAUCCUAUUAAGUAUUUGGGCUUUUAACUGAAAUUAUAAGGCGUUAGUGCCAAAAAUAUGUAUCUCACGAAUGUUGAAAAAUAGCUACAUUUUCACAGGUAAAUUCAAUUACUAGCUAAGACGUAAUUUACUCUGACAAAAUUAUUAAUUUUAAACUUAAUCUGCAGUUUUAAUUUUUGUUUGUAUUCAAUUAAUAGAAAAAAAAGUUAUGUCAGAAGUAAUAUUAUUCAGUUUUUGUUUCAAUAGUUCUCAACUGAAAAAAAAGUCACAUCAACAGUCUUGAUUUCUUUUUUUUCCAUGUAUUCAUGAAACAGUUACUGUUGUUUUUAAUUCUUAUGGAGUACAAUGAAUCUCUCUGUUUCACUUCUUUCACAUGUUAAAAAGUAUUUAAUUUUACUUAAUGCUUUUUUUUUCUAUUAUAUUGAGUUUUCUCUGAGAAUCAAAUAUUAUUACAUGGUUGAGAUUAAGUAUAAAAUAUUUUGAUGAGGACCACUAUACCUAUUAUAAACAAACUUGUUAAUAAAUUUUUUGUGUGGAGCCACAUGUCUAAAAGAAAUCAAUUUAUUGUUGAAAGAAGCUGGCAAUAAUUACAAAAUAAAUUUUUUAAUCAUAAAAACUUAUGAUAUAUAUAGAAAAAUUAUUUUGUAAUUCUGUUGCAUAACAGUAUUCAUUUUGAGUUUAUAUCUUUAAAACAUUCUAGCUUUAAAUUGUAUAUUUUUUUUUACUGACCUAAGUCAAAGUUAAAUAUAUGUUUCUGAUGGUGGUGUGAUCUUUUGUUACUACUUGAUUGGUCCUUAAUUAUGUUGAAAUUAUUUUGCUGGUGAGAACCAAACAGAAAAAGUCAGAUCUACACUUUUUUCCCCCAAUAUUUUGUACCCUUAUAUAUAUAUUUCUAUUCUUAAUCUUAGUCUAUGAUUAGAAAUAACCAUUUCAAAGCUAUUUCGUUUUAAGUAUACAUGCAUUUUUGACAUAAUACCCAAGCUUGCAGCCUAUGCUUAUACAUCUUGUAUAUUAUAUAAUAUUUAUACUUAGUGUGAUAGUAAAUAUCAAAUGUUUUGUUUUAUAUAAAGAGAUUUGUUCUUUAUCAAAAUUAGUGGUAUUUUGAUAAAUGUAACUUGAUAUAGUAAAUAUCAAAUGUUUUGUUUUAUCUAAAGAUAAUUAUUCUAUAUCAAAAUUAAUGAUAUUUUGAUAAAUAUAAUGUAAACAUCUCUGGAAAUGUUGACAUUGUAACCAUUGUGUUAACAUAAACACUUGAAGUGAAACAACAAACACUUGCAUAAUGUAACCAUGUAAACAAGGUUCUUUAUUCAGCCAUCUUGGCUCCCACUCUUGAGUCCUCUUUGUAUUGGCAUAACUCAUUCAUACAUCUAAAAAGGGGGGAUAAUACAUAUAUGAACGGUUGUAGGGGACAUAACAUUCCAUCAACUCAUUGUAUUUGAAAGAAAAAUAGUGGAGGUGCUACAGGGGCGGGUUAAGUUGUAUAAUGUAACUAUUUUUUCUUUUUUUUAAAAAGUAUUUUUCUAUUUUUCUUGUUCCAAUCUUUCUUCCUUACAUGAUUGUACUGUACAACUUACAAAAGUACCCAUUCAAUAAUACUAUUUUAUGUAUUUAAAAACAUGUUCUAAGCUGCUUCCGGAAAAGCUCUUUUUAUAGUGAUAAAUGUAUGGAAUUGAAUUAGUAAAACAAAAAUCUUGUUAAUUUAUCGGAACACAUUGAUCAUUCCACAUUUAUUUUUUUACCCAAGUCUGUAAUAUAUACCACACCCAAGAUAGUAUUUUUGUAUUUGUAUUUUUGGCACAUCGGCACAAUUUAGGCCAUGUCAUGCCCCUAAUCCCCCCAAGAUAGUAAGUGGGGCAUAUCACUAACUAUUUAAUAAUAAUAUAUUUGUUAUCCCUGAAAUUUGUCUUACAAUUGUGCAUUACUCACAGUAAAAAAAAAAAUGUACUUUCAUACAAUUUCACUCAAGCCUUGCAUGUGAAGUUUACAGAGUUGGCUAUUAAUGAUUUACUUACAAUGGGAACAAAAGAUUUUGUGUGUGUUUUUAUGAUUGGUAGCUUAAAUUUCCCUCUAUGAUAUUGUAUUGCUCCAGCUGUUUCCCCUAGGUGAUGGAAAUGUCAACAUGACAUGCCAGUUAGUGUAGAGAUCAGUGUGUUGGAUAAGUGUAGCAACACCAUUUGUUCAAGUGCCAUAUUUAUCCCACUAGGAGAUUAGGCUACAAUGCAAGUCAGUAAUGAAGUUGGUGUAUGCAAAUAGUAUUGUACUCAACUGCUAAGCCCCUCUACCUAUUAAUCUGAAUAAACUCUAGAAUUAAAGUA